AUGCGUUUAGUAUUAUCAUCUCUUUUGCUAAGCGUAUUGGCUUUAAACCAUGUGAUAGCUGCACCACAGGUAACAUUGAAUUCAAAUGAAGUAAUUUCUGGUAUUGGUGAUUCUCAAGUUGAAUCUUUUAAAGGUAUCCCAUUUGCAGAACCACCUUUAGGUGACUUGCGGUUCAGGGCACCUGUGGAGUAUAAUCAUUCAUAUGAUGGGCUUAAAGCAACAAGUUUUGGACACACUUGUUUAGGCGUUAAUCCUAGUGGGGUUCUAGAUUUACUCAAUACUCUGAUUACUCUGAAUCCACUUAAUGCUGCUCUACAGCAAUUAGUUUCUCCUGUUCAAAGUUUGACAAAUAUGGUUGAUCUUAGUGAAGAUUGCUUGUUUCUAAAUGUUUAUCGGCCCGCUGGUUCAAAAGCAGGUGAUAAACUUCCUGUCAUGGUAUGGUUUUUUGGAGGUGCUUUUAUUUUCGGUUCUGGAAGUACAUAUGAUGGUGGGAAAUAUGUCAAAGCUUCUCAAAGAAUUAGUCAGCCUGUUGUGGUCGUAACAUUUAAUCAUAGACUUGGUCCCUUUGGAUAUCUUGGUGGGAGUGCAGUAAAAGCUGAAGGGGAAGGAAACCCGGCGUUGUUAGAUCAGAGAUUAGUACUUCAAUGGGUUCAAAAACAUAUUUCGCAAUUUGGUGGGGAUCCUGAUAAAGUGACUCUGUUUGGUGAAUCAGCUGGUGGAAUGAACAUCUUUGCACAGAUGGCCAUGUACGACGGUGAUAAUACUUAUAAUGGUAAACCACUAUUCCGUGGAGCAAUUAUGCAAAGUGGUUCACUUCUCCCUAUGGAAACAAUUACUGAUAGUCGUCCUCAAAAAUUGUAUCAUCAUUUCGCUGAUGCUGCUGGAUGUUCAAAUCUUGGUGAUUCUGAUACCAUGACCUGUUUGCGGGGUAAAUCAACAAGCACUCUCUCAGCAGCAAUGAACUCAUGGGGGUUGGCUGAUGGAUUUGGUGUUAUGGAUAUGUUUAUUACAUGGAGUCCGCGAGCUGAUGGAAAUAUACUAAGAGAUAUCCCCUAUAAACUUGUUGAUGCUGGAAAGUUUGCCAAAGUUCCAUAUAUCAUUGGUAAUCAAAAUGAUGAAGCAACACUAUUUGCUGCUUUGCUGUCUUGGAGUUCGUGGAGCGAAAGUCAAGUUCAAAGUUUAGCACAAAAUCUUUUGUUUAAAUCAACGGAAAGUCAACGCAGUCAGCUUUUGAGUUUAUAUCCUCAAGACCCUUCCCAGGGAGCUCCAUGGGGGACAGGACUGCUAUACAGUCUAGGAUUAGGUAUUCAGUUUAAGCGUAUUGCGGGGCUCUUAACUGAUUUGCUUUACCAUGCAAACCGUCGUCGGUUGUUGUGGUCUGAUAAUAGUAUACCUAGAUGGAAUUACUUAUCGAAAGCACUUAGUGGGCUUCCAUACUUGGGUACAACUCAUGCCAACGAUUUGAUUUGGCAGUGGUUUUUGGAUUUGGGCCCAUAUCGUGCAUAUCAAGAAUAUUUUAUUGCGUUUGCUAAUCAUUUGGAUCCAAAUGUGGGUGUCUCACUUUCUAAUUGGCCCAAGUACACAAACAGCGAUAAAAAAACUCUUGAAAUUGGAUUUGGGACAUUGGGCACAACAACUGAUGAUUUCCGUAAUAAUAAGAUCCAAUGGAUGAUUGAUAACCCUGAAGCAAUUGCUCUUUAA